CGUGUUAGAAGUUGUCCUAGGAGAGUAGAGGAUCUUAGCUGAACAUAAAACCGUCUCUGUUCUUUGGUGCUUUUCGUGUCUCGAUCCCAACGUUGGCGCUUCUUUAUGAAACGGGUAAAAAUGGGUCGCAACUUCUGACAUACCGCUGUUGAAAUUUUGUGCAACAUCAAUGUCCGUCGAGGAGGCCGGCGGCACUGUUGCCGAAGAUCCUGGGACAGCUGCAAGCGCCGGAGCUUCUACGGUUAGCGUGGAUAACAGCGAAGAACACGAAAACUUUUACGCUGCAGCCAACCAGGACGUGAAUUUUUCCGAACCCAAUCACGAGGGCGAACAAGCUGGAGACGAUGCUGCUGCACCUCCGCAUCAACAAGGAACUACAGAUGUGGUUGUCAACAAGAAACAUAACGAGAUUACAGCUGACCAACACAUCAACGCCUCCGCAGCGAAGGCCGAAAUCGAAGAGUUGCGACAGCGGGCUGUGGACAGAAGAGGAGGGAGGAUGGAAGAAGAAGAAAUCUAUAAGCGGGGGCAUAAUGAUCAUAUCGAGGCGGAGGGUGAGCAAAAGUACGCGGAUGAUCAUGCAAGAACUCGAGGUCCGAAGGCAGAGGCAGAGGCAGAACAACAUGCUGAGCAUGAGAUACAGCAGGAACAACAUGAAAGUGAACGGCAUAGAGACCGAGUGCACGACUCGGACACGUCGGAAAUCGAUGAGUCGGAGGACGUUCUUCGGCGACCGGUGCACGACGCCAUGCGGAGCAGCACCCGCACCUUGGUAGACGAGGUAUGGCGUUCUCAAACGUGACAUUCUCAGCUGUUACAUGAUUUGUCAUGCAAAACGACCAUGAGCUCCCAGACGAUCAAACUACUUCGCAUGACGAAUUCUCGACGCGCUAAAUAGCCCUAGAAUCCGAACCAAAUCUGUAAUGCAAGACGCGCAGGGUUCUCCCUCUCACCUGUGCUAUUCUUGCAUUACAAAUUCCUGUAACAGUCGAGAAUGUAACAUUUGAGAACGCCAUACGAGGUCCACGACGUUGUCGACAUGGUCACGUCCGUGUUUCAAAUGGAUGACCUAGUGGAGAAUCUGCGCUUCAACGAUGCGCAGAACACCGGCACUUCUAGCAGCAACGCCAGGACCGCCUCUGGCGGCAUCAUGAUGGGCGGGACCAACAACAGAUCUCCACCCCAAUCGCAAACUGCCGAGGAGAACGGCGGCACCCCUGCCGCCUCGUCAGCUAGUCGAUCAAGAGCAGGAACAACAACCGGAGUUGUAGAAGCAGAGAAACAACCUUCAUCCACCGCCGAAGCCAUCGUCGCUUCCUUAACAUCUGAAAACGUGCGGUCCACCGUGAAGCAGACCGUCAGUGGGGUGGUCUUGGGUCUCACGAGCGUAAUCGACGAGCUUUUGCCGCCUGAAGACGAAGAGGAGGCUCGUGCUGGUACUACCGCAAAAAACAUAAAUGGCAAUAGGAAUCUUCACAGUAGAGCUGUACUAGGAGGUGGUCAGGAUCAAGAUCAACUGUACCCCUUCGUAACGGAGGACGUGGGGUCAGACGAAACGGUUUUGUCCCAAGUUCCCUCUGAGGACGACUCUGAUGACCUGGACUUUGACGACCAUCUCGCGGAUAUCGCUACGAACAGCAAGAACAGUCGGAAAGACCCAAUCCAGUCGAAGAGCAACUCCACGGGUGCGAGCGGCACGGAGUUCUUCUCGGAUGCCACGUGGGAAGAGGUGGUGAAAACCACUGUGGAGGACGCGGAGUUGCGCACGACGGUCAGCGGCCUGCCGGUGCAGAGCAAGAAAACCACUAAUUCGGGAGAUCAAGACCAUCAUGUGUUCGACGUUGAGGAGACACGACACGAUGCGGUUAGUAGAAAUCCGGACGCAGACGCUGCGUACCAAGUGCUCGCGAACGCAGCGCGCGGAGAACAAGGUAAGAACAAGGACCACGAGCACGACGAUGACGGGAUAGUAGAUGUAGAAGUCUUGCACUCGGUAUCCGACGAGCACGAAGAACUACAGGACCACGAACAAGGAAAGCAAGGUCUUGCUUCAACAAAUCCUCGUCUGGAAGAGAAAGAUUUUCCUGGAACAAAUAACGCUGUUCCGCUGCUCUCCAACAGCCCGAUUCUUGAGGACAUCCCCCUGCCGGAACAGUGGGAAUCCUCACCCGAAAAGUCGUCGCCCGAGAAGUCUUCACCUAGCAAACAAGCGCCGCUAUCGGCGAAACAGUUUGGUUCAUCUCUUCAGGGCGCAGCAAAGAUUUCAACUGCAGUAGUUGGUCCUACCUCAUCAUCUUCACGUAGCAGAAGUAACAGUCCCAACUCCUCACCAGCGUUCGCUAGAGCGCCGCACUUCAUGGGGCCGCAGCUUGCCUUGGAUUCGAGAGGUACUAAGUAAAUACAUGUCUGCAGUUUUUGCAGCCGACAUGACCAUCAUCUGCAUGGAUCUGCUUUGUUAGAUAUGGAUACCUCCCAGUUUCAUCGUUUGAGCUGGCAAGGUAGAACAUCCAGAAUAGGAAUAGUAUAGCAUUACUGCACAACACCUACAGGUGGCGCCCAGCCGACGUCUUUUGUCUUCCCUUCCACUCUCCCGGUUUUCUCGCAAGACAUAAACGCUGGAACCAUGUCUCCGUUGGACCUGACCCCCGCGAACAACCCAGUUGAAUCGAGUCCCGAUCGGCCGCCGCUACUAGAAGAAAUGUCGGAUUCGCCCCUUCUCGGUCCGGAGGAACCGGAGUUCUUCCCUGAAAUGGACAGCGGAGCAGAUGGAUCUUUUCAGGCACAAGACCAGGAGACGACCGAGCACGAAGAUCCUGCGCCUUCGCCGAUGGCUGGGAUGUUGGCGGGUGGUGUUGAGGAGGCGGAGGCGGUAAAGAAGAGAGUUGAGUCCUCGACUCCGAUGGUUCAUCUUUCUGCAGCUGCAGGAGCCCUAGAACAAGAUGCGGUCAUUUCAGCCUCCGCCGCACAUGUGGUCUCUUCAUCUGUGGAGGAUGAGAACAAGCUCUCUGUUCUCGCCGCAACUUCUACUACGCCUGGAGUUUGUUCGGUUACACCUCCAGGGACGUCGAAACUAAAGAGAAUGCCUGCACGAGGACCCGAAGGUGAAAACAAGCCGCCGCCGAGUAGUGCUGCACUACCUCCAUUGCUGCAGCCAAAGUUGUCCUCCGCAGACGACCCAGAACUAUCGCAGCAAGAACAACCGCCGACCACGAGCACGACCAUCGCUGCCAGUAGCCCAUUACCGCUGGUUGUGGUCUCGGAAAGCGACGGGUUGUCGAAGGAAACCAUUGUGGACGACUACUUUCGCGGCAAGUCGCGGUCGCCCCCGUUGACCGAACCGCCGGCGAUUGAAAUCAAUAUGCCCCCGCAAGAAGAUGUUGUAGUUGGUGGACUGGUAGAGGCACAGGCAGUGCCGGCGCAAGCGCAACUAGGGGACGACGCGCAGAACAACGACGAAGAGGACAAUAAUCUGGCCGCCGGUGAUGUCAUAGCGGAGGAGAAAACAAAAGUGACUUCACAACCGGUGCGUCCGCAAGGUACUCCUGACGAAGGACGAGAAGGUGAACUUGGAGAACAACAGCUCCCUGGAUCUGGUGAAGGACCGUCUGUGUCUCCUGAAGUUCUUGACGGAAUGGUGAACAACAAUACGCACGGUGCUGCAGGAUCUUCAAAAGACAUCGUAGACGAAGACGACGAGGGGGACGGCAAUAUCAGCCUAGCAAAGCUGUCUUUCAGACGGCCGAACACCUCAGUGGCGUUCGGAGAUGGUGGGGAAAGCAGCGCGUCUGAAGCGGCCAAGAACGCCGAUGGACAAGAACGGAAUCAUGCGGAUGGUGAAGAUGAGGAAAACACCAACACAGUAGAUAGUGCUGCUCCAGUAAUUCCGGCAACAAGACAGAAUGCGUCCAUCACUUUCGGCGCCCCUAGCUCAUCGGAUCUUGAUGAGGCUCGAGAGGACGCCCCUGUCGGGGGCGGGGCAGAAGUAGCGGAGUCUGGUGCAGCCAUUGUUUUUCCGCAAAGGGCGAACGCUUCCGUCAGCUUCGGCGCACCGAGCAGCAACUCGGAGGCGGAGGAAGUUGGGAUUGCACCCGUACUACUAGAAAAAGAUGCAGGAGAAGAUCAGCCAGAUGAACAUGAGCCGCCCGCAACGGCCACAGCAGGUGCUGACGUAUCAUCUAGCGUUGAAGAGGGUGAUGCGGUGAAAAUGCCUGUUGCAGAACAACCAAAUGCCGGAUCAACAUCAUCUGAGGUCGCAGCUGCCAACAGCACUACGGCUACGACGCAGAGGGCCACCGCGUCGGUAAAUUUUGGCGCUCCGAGCGCCUCCGAAAACGAAGGAGACGGAAGAGCGGAAACUACAGGUCAAAUAAAUGCUGGUGUAGAACUUCCGACCGCGGAUAUAAUUCGUGCAACUAAUGAGGAUGCAGGCUCGCCGAACCCCCAGCAGGUACUAGAUCAAGGCAAAGACGUCGCUGAGAGUGUUCGCGCAUCGAUCCGCGAGGCGGUGCUGCAAGCGGACAGGGAAGUGGAGGAAGAGAACAUCAUGCUCAACUCAACAGCAGCUGGAGGUGGAGGAGCAGUCGAAACGAGCGAAACGAUACAACAAGAGAUGGGAGUAGCGCCCGAAGCUCCGGUCAUCGCGGAGCCCGAUGCAGCUGGCGAUUUGUCCCUCCUGGAGUUGUCGAAUUUAGACGAGGAACCAGAUGAAGAUGGGGAGCAGCCGCAGGCCGCGAUGGUCGUGAUAGACCAGGAGACAACUGCCACGGCCCAGAGAUACGAUGUCAAUAGUACGCAAGAAAAUGAAAAUGCAGAUCAAGUUCAAGAUCAACAAGACGAAGACAUAACGACCCAGCCGUCUCUCUUACCCGCCGGCCUUGCGGAACUUGCCGCCGGGGAAAGUGAUGCGAUGGCCGUCCCAGUGCCUGACUCCCCGCUGGUUUCCCCGGAAGAGGAUAGUUUCCUUGAAGACAGGGGCGGCGGGGAAUCAUUGGGUAAUAAAAAUCUCCCGACGUCGUCGUCGACCACGCUUGCGGGGGCAGUGGACCCAAUAUUCACUCCAGAUGCGGAACGAGCAGACACAGCUGCUGCACCCACUACAACCGAGACUAUGGAAUGGAGUGAAAAUGGUCGAAAUAACAUCGAGGAAGAACAAAACCAGCCAGCAGUCGUCGACGACGGCAACAUCCCACUAGCAGAACUUUCCAAAGCGACGCAGGAUGUGGAAAUCUAUACCUCUGAUGCUGGCGAAGCUGGGGAUGAUUCAACAGCAGAUUUUGUGGCAGACGCAAAAAAUGAAAGUACUGCGGAACUACAAGCGGACGUAAAAAACGAUGGGACUACAUCAACUGCUGCUCCACCAGGAGCCGUCGAGCCACAAGCAGAACAGGUCGUUGGCGUCGACCCGAACGCACGUAAGAACUGGGCGGAAAUUGUCCGGCGGAAAUUCAAAUUUGAAAAGCCUGGUACAAGAACUUCUAGGCUGAAGAAGCCAGAUUUCAAAUCCGUCGUGGACCAAAGACUCGCUUCGGCGUCACCGCGGGAGCGGUUGUCAGCGAAACGGGACAGGAUGCGAAAGACACGCGGAACUGCGAAUGUUGGAGAAGGGGGUGAGGAUCCAGCAGCAGCAGCAGCUUCUCGUGGUGGAAUUGCGGUCGGGGAGAACGAAACAAAGCUGGACCACCUGCAGCAAGACGAAGACAAAGGCGAACAGGCUGUAUCUGCAACAGGAGAUGAUGAUGAAACAAAGAACGACGUUGUUCUUCUUCAAAGUGACGCCGCCGAGUUGGUGAAUGCGUUGGAGCAGGAGGUGGACAAUGUGAAGCCAGAAAUCAAGUCGACCCGGUUCUUAUCCCUAGAUCAAAUGUUGACUCUCACCCGGAAUCUGUGAUGCGCAAAUGCGUACAUCAGUGCAAGCCAUAUUUUGCAUUUCAUGUGGGAACAGUUCCUCAUCUGCAUCUCAGAGGCAGCGCACAAUAAAAAUAAAACUUUGAAAAUUCGUGGUUUCCGAAUGUUAAUAAAAAUAAAAUUUUGAAAUUUCGCGGUCCCCGAACGUGAAUAAAAAUAAAAUUUUGAAAAUUCGCGUCGUCUGGCAUCAUCACAAGAGAAAAAUGCGAGAAGUCCUAGACGAAUAAAAAUAAAAUUUUAAACUUUCGUGGGUUUGUGUUGUCAUUUGUUCGCCAAGGGAUCCGGAGCAAACUGCGUUGCCGUGCUUCCGCAUGCACAACUGCCGUUCGUCGGCCCCCGGGAAAAUCGGCCCGCACUGAAAAGCACCCAGAGUGUCCCAUCUACACUGGGUACCCAAUCCAUACUGGGACCCAGUGUGGAUUGGGUACCCAAUCCCUGGGUACCCAAUUUACACCUUUCCACGGCAAGAAAGGUGUGGAUUGGGUACCCAGUCCCGGGGUAGCCAAUUUACACCNCUCAUCCGAGACCACAUUACCGCUAUCUUUGGGUCGUUGCUGUGCAGGCUCGCCUGAAGAUGUGGAUGUACCAGCUGCACGACUAUCUGCAUUUCCAAUUUCGCUUGUUUCUCCCUCUGCCUGAAAGUAGUCUUCAUCCGUCGCAGUCACGGCGCGCACUGCGUCCGGCGAUCCUUCGGAACUUGAGCCCCACUUCUCGUGCAACGGACUGGAGGUCGCCGGACUCAAAACCGCGUCGAGGUUGUAUUGAUUUUCGUUGUUUAUGUUUUCUUUUUCAACAUCAGCAAGGGUGGGAGUUUUGUCGACGUUCAGGUCUUGAUGUUGGGUCUCCUCGCGAAGGUCCAUGUUGUUCUUUACGUCUUCCACAUCGUGCCCAACCAGGUGCUCCGCAGUGUCCAAAUCAAACUGGACCUGGCUGGUUCUCUUGGAGAGGUAUGCAGCUAGAUAGAAUGACCAUCACCCUGCUCAAUUCUUAAUGCAUACAAUGCGCCCAUCCACGACAGGGUACCCAAUUUACACCUUUACACGGCAAUAAAGGUGUGGAUUGGGUACCCAAUCGACGUCGAUUGGGUACCCAAUCCACACCUUUAUUGCCGUGUAAAGGUGUAAAUUGGGUACCCUGUCGUGGAUGGGCGCAUUGUAUGCAUUAAGAAUUGAGCAGGGUGAUGGUCAUUCUAUCUAGCUGCAUACCUCUCCAAGAGAACCAGCCAGGUCCAGUUUGAUUUGGACACUGCGGAGCACCUGGUUGGGCACGAUGUGGAAGACGUAAAGAACAACAUGGACCUUCGCGAGGAGACCCAACAUCAAGACCUGAACGUCGACAAAACUCCCACCCUUGCUGAUGUUGAAAAAGAAAACAUAAACAACGAAAAUCAAUACAACCUCGACGCGGUUUUGAGUCCGGCGACCUCCAGUCCGUUGCACGAGAAGUGGGGCUCAAGUUCCGAAGGAUCGCCGGACGCAGUGCGCGCCGUGACUGCGACGGAUGAAGACUACUUUCAGGCAGAGGGAGAAACAAGCGAAAUUGGAAAUGCAGAUAGUCGUGCAGCUGGUACAUCCACAUCUUCAGGCGAGCCUGCACAGCAACGACCCAAAGAUAGCGGUAAUGUGGUCUCGGAUGAGGCGAACGACCAGAAAAAUGCCGAGGAGCAAAAUCCGCCAGAUCAUCCAUUGACGCUCGGUGAAGAAGCACCACUACCAGAAACGGAGCAACAACUAAUGGGGGAGCAAGAACAGAUGCAAGAACCCCAAGAAACGCUUCAACAAGGGCAGUUCGAAUACUCCACCGAGGGCGAGCAUUUCUGCGAGCAGCUAUUAGCCUCCUCAAGCAUGCAUUCGACGAGCAAAACGUCCUCUGCGGCGUCCUCGUUUGUGACAGCCGCUGCGGGAAGCAAGACGAUUAGUAAUGCGACAGAGAGGGUCAAGGACACGGUAGGACAAGAAGUAGAAGAACCUCAUGUACUACAGCAGCACCAGCCCCCAACGCUCAGCGGCAGCGGCACCUACCUCUACUACAGAGACGCGGACCAAAGUCCGGAGCGCCGUUUCAUGUUCUUCGGCGGCACGCGGAACGUGGACCACAUGGGCAAUUCUACUUUACCGCCAAACUACUGCCCGACGCCCUCGGAAUCGAGCUGCAGCUUUAGUGGAAGGGUUAGUGGGAACAACGGUGGUAGUGCUGCCGGUGGUUCGCAGAAUGUAAAUGCAGCUGGCGAUGAACUACAUGCAGCCGUCGCAUCUUCAAGACAGGGACAGCUCAAUGCGCAAAGCAAAAUCUCCACGCAUUCCAACACAUCAUCCUCGUCUUCGUCCUCCGCCGGCUUGCACAACCUCGAGAACCCGCCUCGGGAGCGCGCGCUGUCGAACCAGUCUCGCGCGGAGUUCUUCAUGAUCUCGACGCCGCCGGCGCGAGGAACAAGUGAGGAAUUGGUGGACGAGGUAGAAGAUUUCGCCGAGGAGGGUGGUACUAGGAGUGCGGGUAGUUCCACUGGUGGAACCACGUCGAAGAAGAUAAAGCACCGCACGAAAGUGUUCGGGAGAAACAGUACAGGAGCAACUCCCAACAACAUAACAGCACCUGGCCGCGAGGAAGAACUUCUCGUGCACCACCAGGAAGAAGACCGGAGUUGGGAAGAUUUCUACGGCGUUUCGCCCAAGAAGGGCUGUAGUGCUUCGAAUGCCGAUCCGCGAUGCACAACAACCGGGCGAUCUCCUGCUGGGGUCCUCGGGGGUCAACAGUUGCAUCCCUGCACUGGUGGUGCGGCUACUAUGGUGGACGCGGCCACCAGUCCUGAUCACGAGUACCGAGAAGACGUAGGAGCGGGGUCCUCUUCAUCGGCCUCUACUAGCUUCUCCGCAGGAGGAGUGUUAAGGUGGACGACGAAAGGAGGAGCGGGAGGAGAAUCACAAGGAACAAAUGCUGCACGAAGUAGUAGAAGAAUUCCAUCAGCUGCCAUUCCCGCGCCAACGAAAGAAAUGGAUGUACAGGUGGAUAUGGACGAGCUGGGACAAUUAUCGCAGUCGCUACUCGAGAGCUCGUUCUUGAGCACGAGUACCGCGCGGAGAAGGAGGAUAGAUUUGGGGGUCAACGUAAAGCUUGACAUCGACCCAAGGCUAGACAUGGACCUGCACUCAUUUCAUUUGUGACCACAUCAUGCUGUGCCGUGUGGUGGUGACUCUUGUCGUCCGCAGCACCUUAUGUUUUGCUAGUGCUAAAUGAAAUGAUUCUAUUCAUGGGAGGGACAGUACGUCUGCCACUGCCCUACACGUACAU